AUGGGUUGGGUUAGAGGAGAAACUCUCGGAAAGGGUGGUUUUGGGUUCGUCUCCAUGGCCAAAACCAACCAAGAUCAUAAUCUGCCGCCAUUGAUUGCCGUGAAAUCCUCCAAAGUUUCUGAGUCGGAAUCACUGAAGAAGGAGAAGGAGUUGCUCAACAAGUUCCAGUCAUGCCCCUCUAUCCUCCGCUGCUUCGGAGACGAAAUCACGACCGAAAACGGGGCCUUGGGUUGCUCGGUUCUACACAUGCUCACCGGAAAACAACCAUGGACUUUCGACAGCAAGGCCCAGCCAAAGGAUGUUCUCUUCAAGAUUGGGUGCAGUGACCAGAUUCCCAAAAUUCCAACAAACAACAGAACAAUAUCCAAAGAGGCUAAAGAUUUUCUCACAAAGUGUUUGGUGAAAGAUCCGACGGCCAGGUGGAAACCCGAUAUGCUUCUCGACCAUCCCUUUGUCAAAAAAGCCGAUCCACCAACACAUGCCGGAAAAUACAGUCAUCAUCAUCAUCAUCACCACCAUAGAUUGUCUCACGGCAUUCACUCUUUGGUGCCUCACUGUUUUCACCACCCGAAAGUGCAGGCCUGCUGA